AUGGGAAUCACGAAGAACCCCGUGAUCGCGCUCACGCUCACACUCGCUGGAAUAGUCAGCGCUCAGUCUUCGGUGGUUAAUAUAUUUUUCCCCGGUGCUGAUCAGCAAACACUUGUGGGAUCUAUCAUUGCGUCGGAUUCCUCAAAAACUACCAUGGCUGUUGCCUGUCCAAGCGAUGCGGACACCUUCGAUUGUGGCCUCAUCGAACCCAUUACUGUCACUGUUGGCUCGUCAACGUUUCACGCGGAGGAGUCUUUCGAGACAAUAUCGGUCACCCUGGAUUGUGCGGUGACCGGAACCACGGCCGCAACUUGUGAAGAGACGUAUGUUGGACCGGCGGGCUUGAUUGAGACCGACAUAGACUCAUUGACGGCAACGGAUGCCACGAUCAAUACCCAAGUCACCACGACGGCGACUACCACGACCCUUUCACAGACCGAAAUUGCGUUCAUUCCAGUCACCAUUAGUGCCGGUGCCGUCUCGAACGCCAGUGCAGGGACAGGAGCAACUGGAAGCGCAUCUACGACAGCGGCAACAGGAUCAAGUGAGACACAAUCGGCCGACUCAGCAUCUGGAACUAGCAGCUCGUCUAGCAGCAGCGGAAGUGCUACCCCGCCGACAGAGAGCGGCAAUGGGGCUGCUAAGAGUGGUUUCCGGGUAUUGGCAUCGACUGCUGCUGGUGCCGGACUCAUUGGGUUGACCAUCGCAUUGUUGUAA